AUGGCGGAUCACAGAGAAUCCCCUGAUACUCGUAGCAGCAUCCCGGAUGACCUGAUCCCCGAGAUCAUCUCCCGCCUGCCUGCCCGAGCGGUCCUUCGUUCCCGCGCCAUCUGCAAGCUGUGGCGCAGCAUCAUCGACGACGACCGGUUUCCCCACGCCCACCGCCGACAUCAGCCGCACAUGCCCCUGCUGCGCCUCUACCGCGACGACAGCCUAGCAUCCCCGGAACUGAACCCGCCGUACUUGCGCGUCCGCAUCGAAGGCAUCGACCUCCGCGCUCGCGCGUCCCAGCCGGUGCUCCGUUUCGCCGUCGCUCAAGAGCACAAGCACGCCGUCGAGUCCGAGGAGAAGCGGCCGCGACGGGACCGCAAUUUCCGGCACAUCGAUCCGGCGACGCUGUGGCACCCCAGCGCGUUCGACGUCCACGGCUCCUGCGACGGCGUCCUCCUCAUCUCCCACGGAUGGAGCAUAUAUGCAUACAAUCCUGCCACGCGCUGCUGGGCCGACCUCCCCGAAAACGGCAGCAUCGUCAUCGGCUUCUACGUGCAUCGCCCUUCCGGCAACUUCCAUAUCCUGUUGUCCCACCGGCUCUGUCGUGCCGAGCACUGGGUCUUCACCAUGGGCCACAAGGUGGUCCAGAGGCGCAUUGCCUCCCCCGACUUUCUGUCCGAUCAGAAUACGAUCCGCCCCGCCUGCGAGUCGCCGCCGGCCCUCGUCUCCGGCAACCUGCACUGGCUGCCGCAGAGCUUCCAGAGCGACAGACAACUGCUGGUGUUCGACACCGUCUCGGAGACGUUCCGGUGGAUGAGCCCAUCCGACGUAGAUGCGGACGGACGGGCGCUGCUGGAGCUCGAGGGCAUGCUUACCAUGACCGUGCGCGGGGAGAGGACGGUGCAGCUCUGGGUCAUGCCGAACUACGAGCAACCUGCCUGGUUCUGCAAGCUCCAGUUCUCACUCUCGGUGGAUCACAUCGACCGCUUCUCCGGCGUGGCAGUCGUGUCGCUGGAGGGAGACGUGCUGGUCCAUGGCGAGCGCUGCGUGUUGCAGUGCGAUUCCAAGGGGAGAGUGCAGAAACAUCACAAGCUUGAUUGCCACCGGACCGUCGCCAUGCCACACUUGUUUAAAGAAAACCUUGUUCGACAUGGCUGCCUUGAUUGUCCACAGCCCAAGGCAGGGUGGCGUGGUCGUGAGAGACCACCUUUUUUCCGCGAUAUGCGGGAUGGAUGCUACUACCGUACAUGAAAGUGGAUGGUGAAGUAAUCCCUCAAAAAAUGUAAAUGGAGUAAUCCCCACAAUAAACUGUUAGGUUUAGAUGUGUCCAAUUAUAUUUUAGGUUUAGAUGUGCUUUAGCAAAACUGUUAGGUUUAUGUCCUCAUAUAUUUCUCCAUAUGGAUCUGAUGAAUUUGUGGUAGAUAUUUCUGUC